GGUGAGAGUGGAGACGCCGGUGCGCACUGUGUGUGGUAUGAUGAGGAUGCUGAAACCUACCAGGAUUUUCCAUGCACAUACAACUACGUGUGAUGUUGCCGCAUUCAGCGCAUUCUCGUCGAUCAGAAAGAAACUCAAAUGAUGAGCGCCAUGGUGGAGUCGGAUCCUGUUGUUUGGAACUUUACGCUCAAAUCAGACAACAGCACGCUCGCUAACGAGACAGUAGCAGGAUAUCCAGCAGAUGAGUAUUAUAAUAUUGUUCACGUCACAGAAACCAAAAUUCUUCCUGCAUUUGUUGGAUUUUUGUGCUCCACCGGGCUUGUUGGAAAUAUUCUUGUUUUGGUGACUAUUUUAAGGUCCGCCAAAAAGACAGUGCCAGAUGUGUACAUGGGGAACCUGGCUGUGGCCGACCUGGUCCACGUGACUGUCAUGCCAUUCCUGAUUCACCAGUGGGCACGUGGAGGGCAGUGGGUGUUCGGCAGUACCCUUUGCACCAUUAUCACCUCUCUUGAUAACUGCAACCAGGUGGCGUGCGCUGCAGUCAUGACCGCUAUGAGUUUGGACAGAUACCUGGCCCUUGUUCAUCCAUUUCGUCUGUUGAGUCUCAGAACCAGAUCCAGGACUAUCCGUAUUAACCUGUUUGUGUGGGCGGCCUCCUUCAUCAUGGUUCUGCCGGCCUGGGUUCAUGCUAAAGUGAUCCGCUUCAGGGACGGUCUUGAGAGCUGUACCCUUAACCUGGUCUCUCCCAAAGAAUUGCUCUGGUAUACACUCUACCAGACUGUGACCUCCUUCUUCCUGCCAUUACCUCUGAUUCUCAUCUGCUAUAUACUGAUUCUUUGCUACUCCUGGAGAAUGUAUCGCAAGAACAAAAAGGCUAACAGGUAUAACACCAGCCUGCCUCGGGAACGUGUGGUCCGUCUCACUAAAAUGGUCCUGGUUCUGGUAGCGGUUUUCCUGGUCAGUGUUGGGCCAUACCACGUGUUGCAGCUAGUUAACUUAAGUGUACCACGCCCCUCAUUAGCAUACCACACCUGCUACUACCUGUCUGUGUGCAUAAGCUACGCCGCCAGCAGCAUAAACCCCUUCAUCUACAUUCUGCUGAGUGGACACUUCCGCCACAGGCUGGUCUGUCGGGAUGCACCCAGCAUGCCAAGUGUGGAACGGGAAAUCCAGGCCCCCCGCUCCAGUUUUUAAACUGAAUUCACACUGAAACACACAUAACGUUGUAAAUGGAUGAAUCAAUCUUAGGCAAAGUACACUUGUUUUGAAGAAAGAUUCUUGUUUCUUGUUUUCAAUUGUUGUUAUUGGGAGUGAUUUUAUAAAGGAGGCAUGAGAUGUUUU